CUGCGACACACAGCUCAGUGUUCCUGCACAUCAUGGAUGUUGCACUAAAGUUGUUGCUGCUGGCAGCUCUGACUCUGCUGGUUUCUGCUCAGACACCCACUGACUACAGACACCUGUCUAUUACAUUACAAAAACACAUUGACAAAGCGCUGGAAGAAGGGAACCGUAGAUUUGGAAGGGAUCAUCAUGUUGAUUUUCAUUCAUUCUUAAAAGCUCCAAUGACUAUGCAGAGCAGCCUGAAUGUUAAUGUCCUUCUGAAAGUCACAACAUGCAUGAAGACUGAUAAGAACGCAUAUAAGCAUCGACAUGAAUGUGAUACUCAAAAAGAAAAAACGCCCUGGAUUGACUGUCUUGUCUGUAAAACGACAAGUGAUACAGAACUGGUUCACUGUGCCAUAUUGAGAGAAGUACUUCAUGGAAAGCACCAGGAAAUUCGAAAAAUGUGUCCCGUUUAUCACACUGGAGGAUCAGGCCCGGUGGCGCACAAAAUGCCGAAUGACAAUACAAAGCAGGUUGGAUGUCUUGGAUGUAUUUAAUGCUGCACAACUCUUUCUACACAUACAAGUUCUUACUAUAUAGAAAUGCACGUAGUUAUAUAUAAUAAUUAGAGAUAAUGAACUAAAAAAUGUCAUUGUAAACUAACUUAAUUUUUGGAACGAAAGGUAUAUUUACUUGUUCUAGUAGAAGUGAAAAUUAAUAUUGUAUGCCUAAACAGGAAAUCUGAGUUCAGAGUACACUGUUGAAAAACUAAAUUAUAUGUAAUUUGCAACAUCAAUGUAUCAAAGUAUAAGAGACAAUUUGUCCUAAAACCACUUUUCAGUGAAAGGCAGAUAUGUACACUGACUAAAUAAAUAAAAAGUUAAAGUGUAACUGCUAUCGUCCGAGUAUAUGGUAUUGACCACCUCUUUAAAGAUUGACAACAACUACAAUUAUGACUACUCUAUUUUACUAAUUUUUAUCAUAUUGUAUUUGUGGCUGUUCGAAUUCAACAUCAACCCUGUUACUGUUACUUAAAACAAUUUUAGAAUACUACUAUUAUUAUUUUACUUGUAAAACUGUCUAAGGUUAUCUUGAACAUUUGUAUGCAUAGAUCCAAAUUAAAUGUCCAUAUUGUUCGUUAUGCAUCCUUUUCAUAACAUGUUAUUAAAAAUCCAUACAAUCCAGAA